CCAUGUUCUGCUGCAGGAUUCAUAUCAUAUUUCUGAAGUAUGGCCAAAAUAGUAGAAAAGGGAAAAGCUACAUUUGAGUCACAGCAUCAAACUGUGUACAGUUUCUCACCAGAUUUUGUGGCAUGCUGCAAGAGAAUCCUCUAGAAAUCCAUGGAAGGUUCUAGACCAACACGAGUUUCUAGGCCACACAAAAUCAGUGAGUCUUCUAAGGUGUACAAGUGGGCUGACCACUCCAGUAUGGUCCUUCAGAGCCUCAGCGAGCAAAGACAGAAGGGUCUGUUCUGUGAUGUAAUUCUGGUGGCUGAUGAGCAGAGAGUCCCAGCUCACAGGAACCUCUUAUCUGCAUGUAGUGACUAUUUUAAUUCCAUGUUCACCAUUGGCAUGCGGGAGGCCCAUCAAAAGGAAGUUGAAUUAGUGGGUGCUUCAUACAUUGGCCUCAAAGCUGUGAUUGACUUUUUGUACAACAAUGAUUUGUCUUUGGAUGGUGGGAACAUUGAUUAUAUUCUGGAGACAGCCCACCUUCUACAGAUUUGGAAGGUGGUGGAUUUCUGCUGUGAGUACCUUGAAAAUGAAGUGAAUGAUGAAAACUACUUGUACCUCCAAGAACUUGCCUCAAUUUAUAGCCUGGAACGCCUUGGAUCCUAUAUUAACUCUUUCAUUUUACAUAACUACAGCACUCUUUCCUUUACUACAAAUUUCCUUCAAAAUGUGUCCUCGCAGAAACUUUGCCAGUACUUAUCUAGCAGCCAUGUUCAACAUGAAUGUGAACAUGAUCUGCUGCAGUCCGCUUUGCAGUGGCUUACUCAUUGUCCUGAUAGAGAAAUCCAUGCUUACCAAGUUCUUCAGAAUAUCCAUUUCCAGCUGAUUCCUAAAAGUGAUCUUCUACACAGGGUGAAACCAGCUGUGUGCUCUCUUCUAAACGAGUCCAGCUGUGAGGGCCUGGUAGAGGAAGCUAUCAACUAUCAUAAUAACUUAGCGGCUCAGCCGCUGUUACAGAACACACGCAGCUCUUUGCGUUCAGGGAUUGAAAGGCUCCUGUUCGUGGGUGGAGAAGUGUCCGAACAUUGUCUUGAACUGAGUGAUGACGUCUGUUUUCUGGAUAAUAAAAAGGAGCAGUGGUUGUUCGAGACACAGCUACCAGCAAGACGGAGUCAUCACUGUGCUACUGUUCUAGGCAACUUCAUCUUUGUUGCUGGUGGAAGCUUCUCAAGAGACAAUGGAGGAGAUGCUGCCUCCAGUCUUCUCUACAGGUAUGAUCCCCGCUGGAAUCAGUGGACAAAGGUGGCUUCCAUGAACCAACGGAGAGUGGAUUUUUUCCUGGCUGUUGUCACUGAUAAACUUGUAGCAGUUGGGGGGAGGAAUGAAACCGGAGCUCUGUCUACAGUUGAAUCCUACUGCCCUCAGCAGGAUGUUUGGACUAAUGUCUCGUCUCUACCAAGAUUCACAUAUGGCCAUGCUGGAACGGUACAUAAGGAAUAUAUCUAUAUCUCAGGAGGACAUGAUUACCAGAUUGGGCCUUACAGGAAGAACUUGCUGUGUUAUGAUCCCCGUGCUGAUGUUUGGGAAGAAAGGAGACCAAUGAUAACGGCUAGAGGUUGGCACAGCAUGUGCACCUUAGAUGACAGUAUAUAUUCUAUAGGAGGCAGUGAUGAUAACUUGGAUUCUAUGGAACGCUUUGAUAUUCUUAGCGUUGAAAGUUACAGCCCUCAAUGUAACCAGUGGACGCGAAUAGCCCCUUUGCUCCUGCCUAACAGUGAAUCAGGAGUGGCAGUUUUUGAUGGGAAAAUUUACAUCUUAGGAGGCUACAGCUGGGAGAACACCGUAUUUUCUAGAACUGUCCAAGUGUAUGACAAGGAAAAACAAAAAUGGAUAAAAGGGAUAGACCUUCCCAAAGCAAUUGCUGGGGUUUCUGCAUGUGUUUGCAUAUUGAAAAAUAGAGCUGAGGACAGAAACAAAAAAUCAAAGAUGAAAAGGCAUUCAGACCGAUGUCGAUAAGGCGUCCUUAAGGAAAAGAAUAACCUGCAAAGCAAUUCUUAUUUACAAAAUGCAUUGGUUGAAGAAUGCCUAUACAUUUUAUAGGUUUUACUGCUUAAUUACUUCCUAAACUUUGACAGGAGUUCUCUAACCAGGAAACAAUUAACCAAAAGGGUUAAUUGCAUUGAAAUAAACAAAACCAUAUGUUAUUUUCUCUCACACUCCUAAAGGGAUAUAUUCAGAUAUCAAUGGUGGUAUAUGCCUUGUGCCUGCAGUAGAUAAAAGUUGCCAAAAUCCUUCAGGGGACCGACCAUAUACCCCAUAUACUGUCAGUGUUCGUUCUGCUUCUACCUCUUUGAAAAAAAUCCACUGCAAGAAUAUUCCAAAAUUUAUUAAGGAGUGAUACCAUAACUAUUAAGUGUUUGUCAAAUAAUGAAGGAAUACUGCACCCAAAACAUUGCUCAGACAUAUUUUGAGCAUGAAGGCUCCUUUCCUAUUCUUAUUAGCAAACAUUCCAGCGAUAAGCCUGGAUCUAAUGCUAGUUGGAAGUGUUUCUGCUAUGGGCAACCUCUUGGCAACGUUUUAUUUAUGACGACAGUCAAUGUUCCUCCACAGCUUUUUAUUGAUAAGAUGCGUUUAAAUGUUUGUGUUAAUAGAAAUUUUAACAGCCAGAGGAUUUAGACUGCAAGUACCUCUAGCAGCAAAGGUGUUCUGAAUAUUUUUAAAGGCCUUUUAACUUUUUAUUCAGUUUUGCAUUUUAUUACAUAUGUGUAUACUAACUUUUUCACCUCAUGUUUGUAGAAGACUGACUUAACCUGCACUCUUAUAACAUUUGUGAAACCACAUUUUUGUCUGUUUUAACUGUUAUUUGUAAUAUAGCUCUGAAUAUAGUGAAACAAAUCUCACAAACAUGUCUGUCAGUCAAGUUUUAUGGCAAUAAAAAUAAGUUUCUAUUGUGCUGUA